AUGGACGACGCCGACGGGCGGUGGCGAGAUGAGAGUGCGGCCAAGCUCAGCGAAAUCACGCCCGUCGAGUAUACGCGGCCACAGGUCCUUCCGGACGCGACCACCGAAGAGGCCAGCAAGGAGCCCUAUGUGUUUGAAGGCGAGAGCUUCUGGGACGCCGCCGAGGACGAGCACACGCCGUCCAACGACCUCGACUACUGGGGCAUGGCCUACGACGAGAACGCACAGCAAACGUACUACUUUGCGUUCGCGUCCGGGAAGACACAGUGGACGCCGCCGUCGCACCUUGUGUACCCCGAGAGCCACCAAGUGCUGCUAUGGGACGACGGUGCGCAGUGGUUCUACAUUUACGACUACGUCCACGGCUCGAGUCGGUGGCUGGAUCAUUUUGAGGACCUCCAGGAGCGCGGGUCGCCCCAGCCUAUGAGCGACGACUGCAUGAGCCAAGCUACAACCGAAGAGCUUGAACUCGAGACUUUGGACGACCGCCGACAACAGAUCCUCGCAUCCUGGGACGAGGCGACGGCGUCGCAAGUGCUGUUGUGGCGUCGAGCACGGCUGCGUCUGCCAUGA